GUUCUAGCUGCGCAAAAAUAGUACAUUUUCCUUUUGUUGUGAAUUUGUUACCCCACUCAAAAAUAGUAUUGAUGGUUUCGCCCAUGUGUAAACUCAACACUGUUUUUUGUUUCGUUCUUCAGGUGUUUGCUUAACUUCAUUGCUCUCGUUCAAAGAUUUUUAGAUAUUAAAAGUAGAAAGUGUAGCACCGCUGUGCAGGCUUCUUGCGCUUUGGCUUCAGGUAAUUACUAUACGAGGUGGAGCGAAUUUUUGUAAAGAUACACCCCAAAAAGUCAGCGUAUAAGAAGUAACAGCAACAGCACUGAAAAACCAAAUAACGAAAAAAAUUUCCCUUUUUUUGAACUGGAUUGAGCCGGCAACUAGAAAUAACCGCAUCCUCAAGAUGUCGUGGGUUCCCGAUAAACACGAUCGCCUGCUGUUUAUCCACACAGGAGAUGGCAGGACCUGCCAUGUUAUCCACUGCAAAUAGUUUUGGGUCUGGAAUUAACUUGUGAUGCAGGUACUUAGGAAAAUCAUGAGGACAUAUCAACAAUUGAGGGCCGAGCAUGUGCAUGGCGAAUUUUCUAGCUGAUCGGUAAGCCCUAUAAUUCUGCAUAGCAAACUGCGUUUCUGCAUGUUGACAGAAAAACGAGGUGCUUCGGUCACGUGCAUGACAGACUUGACAGUCAUGCUGGCCGAUCGUUGUAGCGUAGAAAAUUUGGAUUCUUCCAGAACCAGAAAAAUUUGCAAUGCAUAUCGCUUACAAAAGACAUACCGCCCUCCUGGACGGUGACACGGAUUCCCUUCAUGGACAAAAGCGGACGGUUUCAGAGGCGUGUUGUUUACCAAACCGAGGAUGGACAGCGAUUGUGUACGAAAAGACUCUUCGAUCUGCUGGAGGCGAUUUGGGCAUUCAAGACGAGGUCUGGCCCUGGCGACGAGCCAAGGGAGAUCACAGAGACAACAGGUACAGCCAGCACGACCGGAGGAGAUGCGCCUUCUUCAUCUCCCGCACCUGUAGGCAGUGCCCCCUCCGCUUUGCACACGGCGUUGCUGACCGUUCGCGGCCCCGACCCUGCCUCUGCGUCGGCUAGUAGUUCAGGUCAACCUAGUGGGGCCGAGAACCACGAUAAGGCAGCAAAAAGUAAAGAGGACGGCGACGGGGUGACGUUCCUAUGGCUCAUGAACAAUCCCGGCAAGUACGACCCGGUAGCGAAACGAGAUAAGUUCCUGAAAGAACACGCGGACUUCCCUUUGUGUUUGUGCUACGUCUGCGGCAAGCACGGCUUCGUGAAGGAACUGGAGAAACUGGUUACAGGUAAUAAUAAUUUUCGCCCACCGGUUGUAGAGUGGCAAUCCGUGAUAAGAAGGUAUUUGCGAGCACACCCUUUCCACGGUCCAACCGUUUUGGGUAGCCUGCUUGACUGUAAGGUCUAUUGUCCGGCGGAAGACUUUCUCCACUCCUGUGUCCUCCUAGCGGUCCGACUCCAGUGCCCGGUCGAGCCGAUUGUAUCCAGUGCAAAUAUGUCUGGAAAUGGAAGGAACCGAACUUGUGAUGCGAAGUGCGGAUCGUACAAAGAUUUGUCUUGCAUGACUGGCAACAGGUGCUCACUUCUGGCCAUGUUGCUGAGAAGGUGUUUCUCAUGCAGAAUAGGCAUCACAAAGGGGCUGCAGUAGAACCUGUGAUGCUAGGAUGCGCAUUCCUGAUUUCAGGAAGCUGGGAAUAAAAACUGCAUGAGACAAAUCUCGAAAUCUUCCAGGAGACCCAGACAUAUUUUUUGCAUUUCAUAGUUUGUGGCGGAGUACAAAAGCCGGAACCGCCUUCUCCCACUGCAACAGUGGCUCGAGCAGCUAUUUUCCAAAUCUUCCAUGCAGGAACGGGUCAACAGACUGCAACUGCUUGACGACGCACCGGUCACAGAAAAAGGGAAAAGGUCAACAUGCAGUGACGAUACAGGGUCCUCCGAAGACGUUGCACCUCCACGUCGCACCCAGCACGCAGUAGAGACAACAUCAACGACGGGCCCGGUCCUCUCGCCGGACGUCGUCGCAACAAUGGAGAACAUGACCCGCUCACUGCUGAACCUGCUGGCGAUGACCUACGUCGAGGCCGACUGCGACUCGACGAGGAUGAUGAAACCUAGCGCGGCCGAGGCCCGCUUGACGGAUGACCACUUUCUGUGCGACUUCAAAGUGAUCGGCAAGUACUGCGAAAAGAAAGACAAACCACACCUCGCUUACAUCUGUUACAGUCGCGCGCCUGGCUGGUGCGACGAGGAAGUAGUGGCGGUGACAACCAAACACGAAAUGUUCUCCGAACAAGCCACGUACUUGCUGGGAAGGAAAUCUUCGGAGCUAUGGGGAACGUUGAUCGGGAUGAACACGGCGAACAGAGAAAACCGAAAGAGACUCGUCGAUGCGACCAUUACCGUUAUCCAGGAAAAAAACUGUGUAAGUGUAACUCUGUAGCGAGAAUAGCAUCACAGACUCGCUUUGCAUUGCAGGGAACUCCUGUGAUGCGCAGCUAGCACGUGGAAACACGUGUGAAAGUAGCCUAUGACGCAGACCCAGCAUGACAAGUGUAAACAGUUUUGCACUUUCUGCAUCACAGACUUACACUCACGUAGUUUUUUUCUUGCAUAACCGUCGCUGUGCCUGCACUGUUAAAGAACUCGACUAUGGAGGACUCGGAGAAGAAAUGCACUUUGUCAACCGCCCUGACCUAUCAAAAGUAAAAAUGUCUGGGUCUGGAAACUUGUGAUGCUGGGUGGCGUCUCAUGAUGAGGCUACGAAUACUGGCUCAGCAUGACAAGUUUCCGAGCUCCUAGGUGUUGCCUAUUCUGCAUGACAAACUGCGGCUCUGCAUCACGGAAGAGUGGAGCUCUUGGGUAACGUGCAUAGACAGAUGGAAGGGUCCUGCCGGACAAGCAUGACAAACGUGAAUUCUUCCAGACCCAGACAUUUUUACAAUCCAUAUGACCGCUUUUGGAGAUGCCGGACUGAUCGCGGAGCGCCGUGACUUGAUAGAAGAGAUCGUUUCCAUCCAGCCCGAUUGUUACGGAGCGGACUGGCACACAAACGAGAUUCGAGAGGCCAUCGUUGUUGACAAAGAGAACCCAAAGUUCGUCAUGUAUCUUAUCAACCGGUUGUUGGUCACAAAUCUCACUUCCAACGGCCCAGAGCUCGCGCAGAUCGCCCUGCAGUACGAGUAUCACGAGGUGGCGUCGGUGAUCUUCGAGAAAGCCGAGAUGUAUCAAAUGUAAAAGUGUCUGGGUCUGGAAAAAUGCCAGGUUUGUCAUGCUUGUCUGGCAUGACUCUUAAAUCUGUCAUGCACGUUACGCAAGAGCUCCACUUUUCUGUGCUGCAGGAACGCAGUUUGUCAUGCAGAAUAGGCAACACCUAGAAGCUUAGAAACUUGUCAUGCUGAGCCAGCAUUUGUGGCCUCAUCAUGAGACGCCACCCAGCAUCACAAGUUUCCAGACCCAGACAUUUUUCAAUUUGAUAAGAUGCACCCGGAGGCCAUGUCCGUUUUGCUUUUGAACAUUGACAGCAUAGAACGGGUAUCAACUGUAAAAAUGUCUGGCGCUGGAAGAUUGUGACACUUGUCAUGCACGUUUUGCAUGAGCCCUGAUGUCUGUGAUGCAUGCCCUAGCAUCACAGAUUUUUUGAGAGCUUCUUGGUGCCUAUUCCGCAUGACAAAUGCCCUCUUCCAGACCCAACCAUAUUUGCAUUUGAUAACGGGCCGCGGAAUACGCCGCACGGGUGAACGAGCCGGUCGUGUGGAGCAAAUUGGGAAAGGCGUACUUGGAAUCAGGUAUUGUGACGUGCAUAAUUUUCAAAUUGAGCUCAGAAUGACAAAAAUAAUUUGUCAUGCUGAUUGAUCUACUGCGCGAAGGAGGUUUGUCCUGCAUGAUAUAUACGCAAAAUGAAAUUAUCAGGUAUCGUGGCCGAGGCUAUCGACAGUUACAUUAAGGCGAACGACGCUUCGGACUACAUGGAGGUGAUUUCCGUGGCGGAGAGGCAGAACAAAUUCGAGGAACUGGUGACGUUUCUGAAAAUGGCGCGGAAGUCGCAGAAGGACCAGCACCUGGACUCGGAACUAUGCAUUGCAAAAGUACCGUACUAGUAGGAAUUGCAUUACAAAUUGGCUCAGCAUUACAAGUGCAUUAAUUUGUGAUGCGGACUGACCUUGAUAACUAAAUUUGUAAUGGACCAUGACUGCGAUAAUUUUAAUUUUUAGUUUUACUACGAGCGCGCUACUGUUGCAGUGCAUAGGAACUGGUGUACAGCUACGCGAAAAUCGACAAUUUGGCGGACUUGGAGGAGUUCGUGUCUGGCACCAACACUAUGCAUUGCAAAAAUGUCUGGGUCUGGAAGGAUGCAACUUGUCAUGCUGAGUCUGGAUAGUGCAGAAAUUUGUGUUGCAUGAUUACCGAAAGGCGUCCACGUUUGAACAACUUUAGCGGCAGUUUGUCAUGCAGGAUAGACAUGAUAGAGACUUCGCAGAACCUGUCAUGCUAGGUCCUGCAUAGCAGACCUCGUGGGGCAUGCAAAGUACGCUUGCCAAGUUUGCAUUCUAGACCCAGACCACAUUUUUGCAUUUGAUAAGCACCGCCAACUGCCAGAUGAUCGGCGACCGGUUGUACGACGAGGGCAACUACAAGGCGGCCAAGCUGCUCUUCCAGUCGAUUGGCAACAACGCGAAGCUGGCGUCGUGCUACGUCAAACUGGAGAUGCACCCGGAGGCCAUGUCCGUUUUGCUUGACUGCAUCAAGAACACGGCCAAGAGAAUGGAUCGCGCGGCCACGUAUGCUGCAAGGGUGAACGAGCCGGUUGUCUGGACCAAAUUGGGAAAGGCGUAUCUCGAACAAUCAGGUUCCGUCGCGGAUGCCAUCGCCAGUUACCUUAAGGCGAACGACGGUUCAAACUACACGGAGGUGAUCUCCGUGGCCAAGAAGGAGAACAAGUUUGGGGAGCUGGUCCCGUUUUUGGAAAUGGCGCGCAAGUCGUGGAAAGACCAACAUUUGGAGUCGGAACUAGCAUACAGCUACGCGAAAAUUGACAAGCUGGACGAUUUAAUGGACUCCGUGUGGAGGUCCGGAACGAACACAGAAGUGGACUGCCAGAUGAUUGGCGACCGGUUGUAUGACGACGGCAACCACAAGGCGGCGAAGCUGCUCUUCAUGAAGAUUGGCAACCAGGCGAAAAGCGCCUCGUGCCGCGUCGGGCUCGAAGAGUACAGCAAACUGCUGGAAAAGAAACAUUUGGAAAAAGUGGAGCAGUUUUUUCGUCCGACCCCAGGUGGAGCUCCCGCUCCGCUAGCGAAGGGGGGUCCCGGCCCUGGCCCUCAAGGUCCACCUGCUACUGCAACCUCUACUGCACCGACCACUGCUGCUCGUCCGAACCUCGGUGAGGUGGCCGCACCAGUGGGAACAACUUCUAGUAGGAUUCAGCCUGUGGCCGCUGGAGGUAGUGCUGCGAAAGGACCGCCGAGAAACGAUGAAAACAAAAAGAGCAGACAUAAUGUCGGUGAUGGCCACAGAGUCGCUUCGUCGAAAAAGCUGGCGGAUAAGAACGCAGCGAAAGCUACUGCGCCACUGGGUUCGUCAGCGGGUACGGGUGUGCUGGCACCUUCUUCCGCAACAUCUUCAACAUCAGCAGUAGCAUCACCCGUGGGCAAGAACCACGGAGCGCGAGCAAGAAUCACAGAGACAACGGGUACAACCAGCACGACGGGAGCAGGGAAAGCGGCUCUAGGAAACAGCUGCCCGUCGUCGGAGCCACAACGCGACCCACCAGACGACUCUGCCGACGCAGAUGUUCCUGGGCAUCGACGCGGUGAACAAAAGCCUGCAGUUGAAGGCAGGCCACUUUCUAUCGCGGCAGCUGCGCCACCGCAAUCGUCCUCAUCGGCUGCAUCUGCAUCUUCAUCGUCUUCCUCUGCGCAGGAUAAGAUGACGGCAGUAAACCUUCGAACCGCCAGUGCGCAGCAUCGUCGUGGAGGGGGUAAUAGUGCCGCUGCGUCUGCUGGCGCCCAGCGAGCAGGAGCCCCUGCUGUUGUACAACGACCUCCGGAAGAACAGGCACAAACAGAAGGCGUUCUUGGAACUACCGACAAGAACAGCCGCGAAGAUGGGGGGACAGCGUCAGCUGCAACUGGCGUUCCUACAAAGGCGUCUUCUUCACAGAACGUCGCAACAGCCGGGAAGACAAGCCCGGAAGGAGGAGGCAUAGGGAGUUGUACUGGCAGCUCUUCUGCAAAAAUGGACGGUGGAGAAGUAUUUCAAGUUGCUGGCGGGCAAGAACAACCUCCGAGCGCGAGUUCAAGCGGGAGUUUAGUUGGGGGAAUCUCCGUUGCGGUCGCGGACCCACAACAAGGCCGUGGACCUUCGCCAGUCGUGGAAGAACAAGAUCAAACAGAUGUACUUCGCACGAACACGCAAACCGGUCAUCUAUUUCCCGCCACUGUAGAACCCGGGCCGAAGAAAAAUGCAGCGGAAGUAGCAGGAGGGCUGGCGCUCCGCAUAAGGCAAUCACCACCAGUUCCUGACGAGAGGUGCCUAGAAGUACAAAAUGAAACAGCACCAGAACGCCGCACCAACCCGGGAUCGCAGCGUCCGUGGGUUCCGAGUCACUUGAAGCGCGCAAGAGGCUACGAAACCGCUUGCAGCCGUUCUCCAGGUGGGAGCAUUAGGUAUUCGCUGGCGCCUCGUCGAGCUUCGGUGGCAUCUUCGUGUUCCAGCAAUAUUAGAAUGAAAAGUGCCCCCACCCCCAAAAUUCUCAAAAGUUUCUCCUGAUGCAAGGUUUCAUCCGGAUGAAAACUUUUUGUUUUGCAUGAAAGAGCUACGCGUCUUUCUGAUGUAGAAAAAUGUAGGUGCGCAAGAAGGUAUCCUUUUUGUAUAUACAGAUCCGGCUGCUGCUGGGCUCCAUUGCAACACAAACUUGAGCUAAUAUUCAGCAUGAAAAUUAUCAUGUGUGAUGCUGAGUAGAUAUGCAAGAAGUAGACGGGGAAUGCUCCCAAUCAAUGGAAAAAAUAGGGUUUGCAAUACAAACGGUGCCAAUUUCUGGGAUGGUGACAUUUUUCAUUGUAAUAAGCGAGAAGUCGUCCUCUGACGAGUGGGAGACAGCUGUCCUCGGCCCGGAUGAAAACGAAGCUCCAAUUAGAAGGAAGAAGAGGACCAUGAAGAAGGAAAAAAAAAAGGAGGAGUCGCCAAUGCCUCCACGAUCAAAAAAGCAAAGGCCCAGCGUUUUUCGCAACGCCACGAGUUGCAGUCGUGCACCAGCAGCGGCCUCCACCACUAGCAAGCAAAACAACAAGGAAGAAUCGAAUUUGGUGGACCCUUCUGCUCGUUCUGCGGUGGUGCAGCAUGUCGGGCAGCCCAGCCUUGCUGUGUCUCCACCUCGGCUCCGGAGCAGAAGUAGAGGUAGGAGCGCAACAGGAGGUCGUGGCAGUAAAGACAACAAGAGUCACGACGCGGCUAUAUCUUCAUCUUUGGGCGGUCAUUUUGCGCCGCCAGUCCCCGACCAAAGAACCUUUAACGGCAAGAAGCAGGAGGAGACGUAUCGUAUUCGUAGUGUGAGGCGCUGCCCCGCGCCCGGUCUGAGUAAGUCGCGGGCCCGAGGAACCACAUCAGGGUGCGUCUGCAAACAGGACCUGCCUCCCAUGCCGGCCAAUGCUACCAAGAUCAACCGUACCGCGUCGGUAAGUAGAGCAAUUAAGAUCACAGAUGACGCUGGGGAAGACCAAAAGCAAGACCAGCAGCAUAGAGCAGUAUCAGGAAAUAUGAAACAGUCGGCGAGUCAUCAACAAACCAAGGCACCGCUGAAAGAACCAGCGCAAGAAGCAGCAGCACUGGAUCCGCCACUUUCUACAGGAGCAGUGGCUCCUAUCCCAUCGGGGAGUAGUUCGUCCGUGUGUGCAUCUUCCGCUGCACUUUCUACAUCUUCAUCUGCGAACAAGAAGCAAGUGAACCUUGGAAGCGCCAUCGCGCCUCGCAGAGGUCGUACGAGUGCCGCUUCUGGCCCAUCCUCUUCAUUCGGCGAAAGAGCUGGAGCACAUCAACUACGACAAAAAAUAACGACGAGCAACGAGGGCGUCCUACCCUGAGCAAAAACGUACCCACCCGAUAGUUGUCAUGCCAAUUUGCAUGCCAAAAAAGUUUCUGAUGCGGAGCCCCAUGAAAAGCAUUUUUUGGUUGUGUUUUGGAAUUUUUGAUGCUAAGAUCAGCUUGAUAUGCUAGAUCUGUGAUGCUGAUGAAGUAGCUAAACUACAGGAUUACACUGCGAGGACAAAGAACUUGUCACGCGAAGCAGCCAAUGCUGGCUGAUUUGUCUAGCAGAUUUCCCAUCUUGACUCUGGUGUGGGGACGUUUCGAUACAGGAUAGACCCUGGCAGAAGGUGCCCCAACUCGUCGGACGCAAUCUGUGAGUUGUAGCUCGGACCAACGAGGGCCAGGCCUGCUGAAACAAAUGUCUGAUUUCCCAAGUGCCGACAUUGUGGCCAAGAUUACGGCAGCGCGCGAUGGUCCUGCUGCUGCUCUGGGAACGACUGCUGAUGGUACUGCAGCGACGGGGGAAAAGAAAGGUAUACGAAGGUCCUAUUCUGCUAAUGAAGAUUAUCUAGAUCGCCCUCCUGAAGAUUUUUAUCGCCGUUUCUUAUAAGGAUAUAAAGAUGUAGAGCAUGUCACUCAUGUGUUGUAUGCAAGGAAAUGGGAACAAGUCCUGCUGCAGACGCGGAGACAAAGAUGGAUAGAGUCGCGGAAAACAAUAAAGAUAAUAAGAAAUCAUUUCAUUCAACAGAACCGGAGCGGGGCGCAAGCAGGGCCCCCCGGGGCAAGCAACUGCAGGAGCAGUAUCAAAUGCAAAAUCUAAAAAUGUCUGGGUCUGGAAGAGCGCAACUUGUCAUGCUGAAUUUGGACACUAAAAAAAAUUGUAUUGUAUGACCAGAACGAGGGGUCCGGUUUGUGCUUGCCGGACAGCGCACUUCUCAUGCGAAAGGUGCAUCAGGAAGCCCUCUAAAAGUCUGUAAUGCUAGGUCAUGCAUUACAGGCAUCAUGGAUCAUGAGAAAUAUGCAUGACAAACCUGGCAAUCUUCCACACCCAGACAUUUUUACAUUUGAUAAGUAGCCUAGCUGUAAAACCGGCGAGAGGAGCACUUCUGCUGCGGUCGCCAAGUCGCCAGGCCGUGGACCUUUGCUGGUGCACUAUGCAUUGCAAAUAUGUCUGGGUCUGGAAGAUUGCUAGGCUUGUCAUGCAGGUUUUCCAUGACGCGCACGGUUUGGCAUGCGCGGCCUAGCAUGACAGGUUAUGUGAGAUCUCUAUCAUGCCUUUGCUGCAUGAGAAACUGCCUCUAAACUUGUUCAACAGUGGGCAUCUUUUGGUAAUAUAUGCAAGACAAAUUUUUCCCUGAUCCAGAUGCAGCAUGACAAGUUGCACUCUUCCAGACCGAGACAUAUUUGCAAUGCAUAUGCAACUGCAGCAGCAGCGUAGCUGUACAACCGGCGGGAGGAGCACUUCUGCUGCGGUCGCCAAGAUAAACCGACCUCCUUCUAUCCUGUGCAAAAGUAUCGCGCUCUCAGUUGUUAUUGCAGUCAUGCAUUGCUAUUUUUUUUUCAAGGGAAAUCCGCAUUACAAAUUCCAUUUCUACUCAUGCUGAGCAAUAAUUACUUACUGCUAGAGCGAUGCGUUUGCACUCCAUACCUGCCGUGAUAAACCGACCAAAUGGACGGGGCGAGAGCAAAGUGAAAGAUAAGAAGACCACACCCGUACAUCUCCGUGGCGGCCGAAGUAGCAAGGAGCGCGUCGACAGCACUUCGAAUAACGUUCGCGAAGAUGGUGGCAAGCAAAGUAAGGUGAAGCAACGUAGCCUGCCCCGGGAACCGAGAGGUGGGCAAAGCAAGGUGAAGGACAAUAAUAAACCGAGAGGUGGAGGCCAGAGCAAACAGAAGGACACAACUUCUUUCGAGACGAACUGCAACACUACUUCUGUGGGCGGAGGCAAUGAAGUUGCUAAAAACCACAAUGACGGCCUCGCCAAGAAUCCGAAAAGACCGGUGUCUCCGUGGGGAGAUGAACGAGGUGAAACAAGUUCUCCUCGCGCCAAGAACGACCGCUCCUCGCGCGACAUUCUGGGCGGCCCAGGCCCGUCGCGGUACUCCAGCAAGGUAAAGGAACACACCAACAAACGCCCGAGGAGCGCGAGCAAACGGCACGGCGACCAGCUACGAGAGUCAGAGUUGUAGUUGUGCUCAACGCCCCCCAUCAACUUCAUUUGAACAAACGCAUAUUUAUUUAGAAGCCCCACGACAAGUUUUAGUGGCACAGAAGUGGGUCAUCUCCCGCAUGUAAAAUCCGAACAAGAAGGAUAACAAUUCUAGUACUGUUUUUUUCUCUAGUACUCGAGGAAUUCCUAGUACUCGAGGAACAGAGAACUUGUCAUGCUACCAGUCCCUAAGUAGCGCAAGAAGUGGAUUUGAUAUUUUGCAUGACAUCACAUGAUGAGGGGAACGGAGAGUAGCUCUUGUGCACCUUUGAUACCAGCCCAAGAAGUAUCAAAAGGCAGACGAAGGCGAGUCGUGGGAUGAAACCGUUACAACCGGCAGGAGGAGCACUUCUGCUGCGGUCGCCAAGCCGCCAGGCCGUGGACCCUUGCCGUAUCAAUUGUAAAAGUGUCUGGGUCUGGAAGAAUGCAAGUCUGUCAUGCUUGUCUGGCAUAACUCGCGAAUCUGUCAUGCAUAGGCACGAAAAGGCUUUCUUACCUGUCAUGCAAAAACGCAGUUUGUCACGCGGAAUACGUAAGACAUGGGAGCCAAAAAAUUUGUCAUGCACAGCUGCGUAUUGCAGUCCGUCUACCAUUCACUUUUAGCAUCACAAGUUUCCAGACCCAGACAUUUUUGCAUUUGAUAUGCCGGUGCAAGGUACAACUUCUACCAGCUCUUCUGCAGUGGUCGGUGGCGAAUUACUGCGUGCGGGCGGACAAGAACAAGCUGCAACUGCCAAGGGCUGUGCCAAAAACCACGGGCGGAAAGGUCAACUGCCAAGUGCUGUGCCAAAAACCACGGCCGGGAAGGAGGGUAUGAGAGAAAAAAAUGGUACUACAACUUUCACUUCGUUUACGGUGAAUUCUUUUCAUUUUUCAGUUCCAGCACACACGAUGCAUAACAAUGGUAUCCUUAUGAAUGCACACCGCCCAGAAAAUGUGGCAGAGACACAAGAAAAACGUAAGCAACCUGACCUUUUUUAUCUGUCAUGCAAUUCCAUGUACAAAAGGGGCGCACGCGGGUUCGUCGGGCAGCGCGGGAAGUGCAGCUCCUGAUCAACCUGCUAGCUGCGCAUCAAAGCCACCGGGCCCGUCGGCGGGCACGACGCCGGGAGUGCUGCAUUCUUGUUCUGCGUCAUCUUCGACCGCGGGCAAGAACCAUGGAGCAGUUGAGCAAGAACGACCUGGAUCGGCAAAUGCAGCCGCCCCGGGGGCAAAAGCUGCGCCGGGUGCUCCACGUUCUGCGCCAGAGGUUCCCCGGACCCGGAAUUUUCCGCCAGUGCCUGCGAACAGAAUCCUCCACGGCGAUUCUCAUCGAAGCCGCAGCCGGAGGCAAGGCACCGACCGGGGGCGCGCGACUGGUAGCGAGGCGCUGAAUCGCGCUCGUCCGGCACCUACAGCGGCUGCAGACGUCGAUAAUAAGAACGGAAAAGGUGCCUACUAUGCAGCUUUUUUCUGCAGAAAUGUUCCGCGGACAUUAUGCGUCCUCAGUGUGAUACUCUAGACACUAUUGACAACAGAUGAAUAAUUUGCGCCGCUUUUUAUGUUGCUGGGCACACGUCAAUUCUAUUGUAACACAUCAACAACCAGCUGCUGGAACGACGGAGCAGCAAGCUCGCAACGACUAUCACGACAAUGCGGAGCAUGGAACUAUUCUCAGGAAAGACGUCCCCGCCGCAGAGUCAAGAUGGAGAUUUUGCAACACAAAGCUGGAAGAUUUGUGGUUCGCGCAUGACAAGUUGCAGGCUGUAGUGUAAUUCAGUUUAGCAAGGGAAUCCGCAUAACAAAUCCAUCUGCUCAUCCUGUUUACAGCAUUACAAGUUCCAGAGCACGACUGGAAUUGCCUCUCUUGGGAAUGCGCGUCACAAUUCACAAAUGCUCCUGUGCUUGCUAAUCUGCAUGACAACUCUAGGGUGGGGACGUUUUUACUUAGGAUAGGAACGUCCACGCAGCAAGGAAACCGGUUGAAAUCAUCUGCAUCUUCCGCACGGGGAAACGAGGUACCAAAUGUAGAUUCGUCUGGGUCUGGGAGACUGCAGACACUUGUCAUGUGUUCUGUGGACCUGGGCAAGCCCGUGUGAAUUUUAAUUUUUGGACGCAGAGCAUGACAAGACCCGCAGUAGAGGCCUCUCCAUGUACACCCUGCAUGGGAAAUGGUUAACUUUGCGGGAAACGAAAACCGUAGGCUUUGUUCUGACUGUGAACGACAGAUUUAUUGCGUCUAAAUGCUGCAAACGCACCAGCUCUACGAGUUGCAAUCCUUCAGACCCAGACAGCACAUUUGCAUAUGCAUACGAGGUGAGAACGUCGUGGGCUGGGGGCGGAAAUCAAAAUCAACAUGGAUAUCAGGGCAAUACCAAUUACGGCACGCGGAAUAAACCAGAAUGGGUGCAGAAGUGGCUCGAGUGCACGAAGUUUGGCGACCCCGUGAUAGAUAAAAUCAUACCGCUCAAAACUCCCUGCUCUUGGAAGUGGGACUGGGCUAUUCCCGAAGCGGAGCGGUUCGGUUGCGCAGAUUUCCUGAGGGAGCGGCCGAACGAGGUCUCGCUUAUCGUGAACCUGACGAACACAGACAAGUAUUAUUAUUCGUGCUCCUUUAUUCCUUUAUUUGCGUUUCUCGUUUUUUCGAGCAGGUUGUCAGCUACGAUGAAAAACAAGGCUAUGACUUUCGCCGUUGCGAUAAGUAUCCACUCAUCCGACUUGGACAAACUCUACUGCAGGUACUGCUCUUGGGAGGAAGAAAUAAAAGAUCUGGAAGGCUUCGACUCCAUAUAUGUGUGGCAGAAGAAGGUGGCAGGACGGAAAGUAUCAAAGUGAAAAAAGCCCCCACCCCAUUCUCAAAAGACGAUUUGUGUUGCUGGAUUUGUGUGCACAAAUGAAAUUUGUAUUGUAUUUGCAGCAAGAUCAAGAUCUUGCCGGCAUAUUCGAAGCUCAUUUUGGUACGCAUCCGGCUAGCAGCUGCGCAUGUGAAACAGGUCUGAUAUAGGCGAAAGCACGCGACAGACUGGCUGCGCAAUGCGCCACAUGGGUGCCGUUUGCCUUGUGCGCAAGACUAUCAGCAUCAAAAAUUGCCUUUUUGAUGUGUGGGGGAGAUUUUUCCUCAGCAUAGCCAGUGCCAACGCUCGGAGACGUAGACGACGUCACCUGGUGGAUGCAUUAUGGAUUGCAAAAGUAUCGCACUCAUACAAAUGCAUUGCAAAUUUGCUCAUUUUGAAAAAUAAAGUUUGUGUAUGCGGAUUUACCUUAAGGAAAAGAUUUGUAAAAAUUAUGCGUGACUGCAAUUACUACGAGUGCGAUACUUUUGCAAUUCAUCUGCGUGACUAUGUGACACGGUAUCCCGACAAGAAGAUCGCGAUCCACUGCACACAUGGCGUGAACCGCACUGGUUUUUUUGUGAUCGCGUAUCUCCUCCGGUACGGGCACUUCAAGACCAUCGAGGAGGCACAGAAACACUUCGAGAUGCACCGAGGCGAAAAGAUGCAACGCGACUACCUGCUGGAUGGAUUGCGCAACAUGCACGAGGCGAUUUUAAACCUACCAGCUUGGUCGUGGCAAAAAUGA